AUGUCAAUAUAUUGCUUUUUAUUUUUAUUUUUUGUUUAAAUAACAUUUUAAAUUAGAAAUUACUUAAAAAAUAAUAACUAAACUUUAUAUAUUCAUUUAAUCCCACAUUCCCAUGAUGAUGUAGGCUGGUUAAAAACAGUUGAUGAGUACUAUUAUGGCAGUAAUUAGUCUACAUAAUGGGCUGGAGUUUAAUAUACCAUAGAUACAGUUUUAGAUGAAUUACUUAAAGAUAAAAACAGAAAAUUUAUUUAAGUAGAAAUAGCUUUUUUAUACAGAUGGUGGAACGAUAGUCCUGAAGAAAGGUAGAAACUUUAUAAAAAACUUGUUGAAAACGGACAGAUAGAAUUCGUAAAUGCAGGGUGGUGUAUGCAUGAUGAAUCUACACCUUAUUAUGAAGAUAUGAUAGAUAACAUGACUAUUGGACAUUAGUGGAUACUAUAAACAUUCAAUAAAAUACCCACUGUUGGUUGGCAUGUUGAUCCUUUUGGACAUUCUAGUACUAAUGCAGCCCUUUUUAGUUAAAUGGGAUUCAAUGGAUGGUGGUUUGGACGUGUAGAUUAUUAAGAUAAAGCUAAAAGACUUCGAGAAAAGUAAAUGGAAAUGAUCUGGAGACCUAAAUUAUAAUCAUAAGAAGAUGAUAAUUAUAUCUUCUCAAGUGUUACUUAUGCUAAUUAUUAUCCACCAGAAGGGUUUAACUUUGAUUUAAAAUCAGAUGAUGAACCUAUUAUGAGUAACAAAUAACUAGAAGGGUAUAAUUUAGAUAAGAAAAGUGAUUAGUUUGUGGAAUAUUUUAAAAACAUGAGUCUUUUUUAUAAAAGUAGGCAUUUAAUGCAUACCUUAGGGGGAGAUUUCCAUUUCGCAAAUGCUAUUAUGACAUAUAAAAAUAUGGACAAAAUAAUUAAAUAUGUAAAUGAAAAUAUAGAGAAAUAUAAUGUUGAAAUUCUAUAUUCUACACCGAGUAUUUAUUUGGAGGAAAUCUAUAAAUUAAAUAUUACAUUUCCUCAAAAAAUAGAUGAUUUCUUACCUUAUGCAGAUGAAAAAGAUGCUUAUUGGACAGGCUAUUUUACUUCUAGAGUAGCAGUUAAGGGGUAUGUGAGGUAAUCGGGAAGAUAUUUGUAAUAAAUUAGGAAUUUAUUCAGUAUAGAUAAGAUGUUAGGUAAAAGUAAGUAUUUAAAAGAUAAUUAUAUAGAGUUUUAAAGUAAAUUAGACUCUUUGGAGUAGAAUAUGGCCAUUCUUUAACAUCAUGACGCAGUGGCGGGAACUGAGAAAUAAAAAGUCGCGGAUGAUUAUCAGUAUAGAAUUUACAACUCUACUUAAAAGUUAAAUGAGGUCUUACAUAAGGUUGUUUAGGAAUAUGUAUUAAAAGAUAUUUAAGAGGACAUUAGGUUUAGUCAAUGUAAUUGGAAUAUAACUAGUGUCUAGUAAUGUUAGGAAGCUUUCUAAUAAUUCUAAAAUGGAAAUGUAUUAUUAUUAAAUACUUAUAAUCCUAGUGUUUAAAGAAAUAUUACUUUAAGAUUAAGAGUACCUAAUAUACCUUUUUAUAUAAUAGAUAAUAAAAAUAAUUAUAUAGAAGGGGAAAGGGUUUGCUAUGAUGGUGCCUGUGAUUUAUAUUUUGUUGAUUACUAAAAUUCCUAUUAGUUUAAUUAUUAUAAAUUUGUUCCAUUUAAAAUUUCCCCUUAUAAUGUUAAGAAUAUUUAAAAAUAACAUAUGAAAUUUUUUAAAUUACAUUAAGUUUUUGAUGUUUCUAGGAAUAUAUCUUUGCAAGUUAAUAGAUUUAACACUUAGUUUCAAUUAAAUACUUUUACUAAUUCCACUUAAAAUUGUACAAAAAAUGCAUUUGAAGUCUUAUAUAAUUAUUACAACUCUUAUUAAGGAGAUGGACAGAAAUCAGGUGCUUAUAUAUUUAGACCAGAUAAUAAUAAUAUCGAUAGAUCUUAAACUUAUUCUAAAAUAAAGAAUAAAUACAUUUUUAAUGGAAAAUUGGUCACUAUUGUUAUUUUAGAAGGUACAAAAAUAAAAUCAGAAUUGAGAGUAUAUCCUAAUCUAGAAAAUGUUAUUGAAUUGUAGACUUAUGUCAAAAGUAUACCUGUUGAUGAUAAAAAAGGAAAAGAAGUCGUCUUAUUAAUAAAUACUAAUUUAAAUACUAAUUAGACAUUCUAUACAGAUUCUAAUGGACUUGAAUUAUAGAAAAGAGUAAUUAAUUAAAGAGAAACAUGGGAUUUAUAAGUUAAUUAACCAAGUAGUUGUAAUUAUUAUCCUGUAAAUGGAAUAAUUCUUAUAUAAGAUGUAAAUUCUUAAGAAAGAAUUAGUGUAGUAAAUGAUAGGAGUUAAGGAGGUACUUCUUUACAAAACGGAUAAAUAGAAAUUAUGAUUCAUAGAAGAACUUUAAUGGAUGAUAAUAGAGGGGUAGGUGAAGCAUUAAAUGAAACUGAAAGAAUUGAUUAAAAUAAAGGAUUAUAAUAGAUUUUAAGACAUUAUAUUGUUUUUGAAAACGGAAAUGAGAACUUAUCAAGGAAAAUUUAGAAUUAUAUUGAUAGUUAAUCGAUUGUUUUUUAUGGAAAUUCAUAAGAGGAAUAUUUUAAAGAUUUCUUAUUAAAAAUAGAUAGUUUAAAAGAUCCGUUAAAUAUUAAUAAUAAUCCUUAUUUAAAAGUCUAUUUUAGAGUAUUUGGGGAUGAUUAUUUAUUAAGAUUAAAUAAUUUAAAUGAUAAUGAAAAUGCUUAGUAUUUUAUUCAUGAAAAUAUUGAAAUUAUUGAUGAAUUAACUCUUACUGGGAAUUAAAAGAAAAAGGAUUGGAAAUAAAAAUAAUAUAAAUGGAAAGUUGAGGGAGUAAGACAAUAAUUUAAUUAAGAAUAUAUUCAGGAUAAAUAUAUAAAACAAGGUUAUAUUAAUGUUAAACCCUUAUAAUUAAGAGCCUUUAGGGUCAGAUUUAUUAAAAAUGAAGAAAAAUAUAUUAUCAAUUGA